GGACUUCCCCCCUCGUCUCCGUCCAUCUGAGACUCGGGUCCGACUCUGUGGCAACUGUCGUGUGGCGCACUUGUCUAACUUCGUCCGGUGUCAGAAGCAGACUUUACCGGAGGGGGUUUCACAGCUCGUCCCGGUACAAGUUUGUCACACGAGGUGACCGAGCCGAAAAAAAAUCACCGGAUUUGAAACUUUUUUUUUUUUUUCUAAGACAGUUUGUGGAAAAAAGAAAAAUGGCAGACACCGAGGAGCAGCAAGUCUCUUCCACCACUCCUCUGUUCAGCGACGAGGUGCACCACUACCAGGCCGAGCCGGACCCCGAGAUGGACAAGCCCAAACAAGACCUCUUCAGCCUGGAUGAUAUUGUGGACUUGGUCGGCGGGGCUCAGGACGCCUUGGAGCGGCACAAAGCGGAAGAUGGUGCGCCACAUGAGUUCACAGAAACUUCCUUUGCCCCUCCAGAGGCGCCUGUAACGUUACCGGAACCGGUGUCAGUGCCCGAGGUGGAGACGACCACCCCAGACUCCACCAGCCUCUCUUUUGUUCCCAAGAGCCCUUUAAUCGCCCCGGAGCCUGAAGUUGUCGCACCCAGAGUGGAACCGGAGAGCACAAAGAUCGUCCCGGAGCCAGAAAAACCUGCCCCGAAGAGCGACGCCCUCCCAGAGGCUGAACCCCAGAAAGCAGCCCCAGCCCCCGCAAAGGCAGCAGAGCAACCUGCGGUGACGGAGGAACCACCGGCUCCAGCAUCUUGUCUUCUUCAUGGCUGGAACGUAAAACUCGACAGCAGAGAUGUACCUUCUCCUUCUAAAGCUCAGCCUCAACCUCUGAUGCAAUUCCCUACAGCACUUGGGCAGAAGGGUGAUUCCCCUGCCCCCAUCUCUCCUCUCUCCCCUCUUCACUCCCCCGACUCUCUGGAGGAGCUCUCUCUGACCGAGAGUCCCAACCAGCCCCCUACGUUGGGAUCUGCUUCGCCCUUUGGCUCCUUCUCCACCGAACCCCCCACUACUCAUUCCAAGGACAUGCCUUGGGUGGGUGAAGAGGGUGACUCUGGACCGGGCCGUAGUAAGAAUAAGGAAGACCUUCUAGAUCCGUUAGCUGGCCCUUACCUGAGUUUAGGGGAAACCCCAGGGCCUCAUAAUCCGUGUGAAGACAGCGGAGUUUCCUUUUCACCUGAGGAGAAGCUGAUUAGCUCAGACAGGUCCUCCACUGGCCCUUCCCCCAUGAACCCCCAGAUGAUGGUCCCUGAGUCUCACGCUGCCUCCUCUAACCCAACAGAGCACUGGGAUUCACCAUUCCUAGCAUCUCAAGACAACUCCAAGGUCUCCAUGGAUACCUUCUCCAAGGACACAGCUCCCAUUAGCUCUACUAGGUAUGAGCCAGACCGGCACGGCAACCAGUCUGAUGAAGAUGAUGACUUGAUGUAUGAGGUGAAGAAGAAUAAUAACCCAUUUGAGGGCUAUUCCCCACUGGCGGACAGUGGCUACUCCCAUUUCGGAGACUCCAAGUCCGACAGCAGGGCCUCAAAAAUGUCAGAGAGUCCCACUCCGGAUCUGGUCCAGUAUGGCCAGACUGGAGAAUCCCAGGAUACCCCACCAUCUUUCUUAGACGAGGGGAAAACAUUUGAGACGAGCAAGAUGGCUGCAGACUCGCUCAUGCAAUCAGUGAGUCAGUUCUCAUCUGAUCUGAAAGACGAUGAUGAAGAGGAAGAGGAGGACUCUGCACUGCCGGCGUCACUUCCAGACAUCCUGAAAUCUUCUCCGCUCAACCCUGACAAAAUCGACUCGGGCUCCUCAGAGGGAAGCCCGGAGGAGCAGAGUCCUAUCCUUGAACGGAGGAUGAUGGAGUCGCCCAACCCUCCGAUCAAUCUGUCGGCUAACAACCCGUUUGCCUUUGAUGCUAAAGUAUCCCUGCUAAAGGAGAUGACUGAGGAGUUGGAAGUGAAAGUGACCGACAAAGGAAAUUUUGAAGACGAAAAAAGCUUGGGCGCAUUCGACCUUGUCAAAGAGGCCGAGGAAACCACCCCCACUAAAGUCAAAGAAGAAGAGCCUGUCAAGAUCGAGCAGAAAGAUUGGUUUUCAAGCCAGGAUUCGCCCAAAAUGACGGAAAAGUUUGAGCCGCUUGACUUCCAGAGCAAAAAGACCCCCGCUGAGGAUUCAGAUUCAGAGUCGCCAACAGCAGACUCCCUGUCUCCAGUCCUGGAAGCCAUGGCCAAGAACCCCGCCAGCUUCCAGGUGGAAACGGAGAAGAAGGACCCGAUGAUGGAAGUGGAGGAGCCAGAGGUGGCUGAGGAGGUCUCUGAGCAUGAAGUCUCCUCUGAGGAGUUUGAGUUCAUUGAGCGACCACCCAGGGGCGUGAUCGAUGAGUUUCUUGAGGCUCUGGAUACAUCCAAGUUUGCCUCCUCCAAGCCCCCAGAGAUCCCCAUGGAUGAUGAUCUGAGCUUUGGGCAGAAAGAUAUGGCUCCAGUUUUUGCUCAGCCGCCGACAAAAGUAGCCCCGCCCCCCGAGGUUGAAGAAGAGGCUCCAAGUCAGAGCUCCUACCUCCUCCUCACCCAGGCCUCACCCCAGAAGAGCAAGGCCGAGCUGGAGAAGCUCGACAUUCAGCAGCCCCCACCCCAAGCUCCGCUCACCCAUUCCCCUGUCCCCAAACCAGAGGAGGCGGUCGCUAAGAAGAGCGCGGAGGGCGGCAAACUGUUUAAGAUGCCAAACGUGAACAUAAGAGCAGUGGUGGAUCUGCUCUACUGGCGUGAUGUGAAGACCACGGGCGUGGUGUUCGGCGCCGCCCUGCUGCUGCUCCUCUCCCUGAUGGUGUGCAGCAUCGUGAGCGUCUGCUCCUACAUCGGCCUGGCUCUGCUCUCAGUCACCAUCUGCUUCAGGAUAUACAAAGGCAUCCUGCAGGCCAUCCAGAAGUCCGAUGAGGGACACCCAUUCAAGCAGUACCUGGACCAGGAGGUGGCGCUGUCUGAGGACAUGGUCCACAAGUACAGCGACGUGUUUCUGACCAAACUCAACAAGACCAUCGGUGAAUUAAGGCGCCUGUUCCUGGUCGAGGACCUGGUCGACUCCAUCAAGUUUGCUGUGUUGAUGUGGAUCCUGACCUACGUCGGUGCCUUGUUCAACGGGCUCACUCUUCUUAUUCUGGGUCUGAUCGGCGUGUUCAGCUGCCCGAUCAUCUACGAGAAACACCAGGCUCAGAUCGACCACUACCUGGCUCUGGUCAACAACCAGGUCAAAGACGUCGUCGGAAAGAUCCAGGCGAAGGUGCCAGGGAUGAAACGCAAAACGGAGUGAAGUUAACGUCAAGUCGGAGUUUGGAUUCAGGAAGUCCUGAAGGGGGGGGGAAGGAGGGUUGGAGGGUGUGGGGGUGGAUAUGAAGGAAGGCUGGAGGAGGAGAGGAGGGGUCUGGCGGGGACGCAGCCCUUCUAACUUUAUUUGUCAAAAUAAUAAAAACACUUUUUUUCCAGUUCAGAAUUCCUUUUUUGUUUUUUUUUUUUGGGUUUUUUUUGUGUGUUUUCUGGAAAAGCGGAAGCGAGCCGAGGUUCACGACACCGAGGUCGGCUUGACGACACUUGCGUCUUUAUUUUUUUUUUUUUAAAUCAAGUUUUGAAUGUUUGUUUCUGCGAGACGCUGAAACUCACAGAAACGCAUUUUAAUCUUGACUUUGCCCCUCCCCUCUCCCCACCCAGUGCAUUGUGGGAGGUCCGAUGCUCCUUCAGGCUGGAUUCGGGUGGGUUUUUAGUCAGUUUUUGGGUUUUUCCCCUCCCCCGCCCCCCGCCCACAGCCGAGCGGAGAGAUUUUUUUUUUUCUUCGUCUGCUGUUUUUGAGAAAGACGAGCACGCGCAGCAAGCGGCACCUCAUUUGUAAUUUUUUCUUAUUUUGGUAUGAUUACUGAGUUAGAAGUAUAUUGUGAUUUUACUGUUUAACUGUCCCUCAAACUUCCAGCUUGUUUCCUCGGUUACCUGCUGCGUGGUUUGGCCUCGACGUGACGAAUGACAAAUCUGUGAACGACGUCUUUGACUCCUGAUGAGGCAGCGUGGGGGAGGGGGAGGGGGGGCGGGGGCUUGUACUACCAUUUAAGAACUUCAUCGCUUCUGAGUAACGCUAGCUAGAAACAUCUAGAAAACCUUUGCCAGACAAAUAAACACAUUAAUUACAAAAAGUCGUUAUUUCCAUAUGUCAUCGCAGCUGUCUAGUAAUGAAAAACUCUGGAAGAAACACGUUUACAUUCAUCCACAUCAGAUAAAAUAUUUAAAAAGUAACAAAAAAAAAAUGAAAUGGGAAUUAAAGAAAAAAAUAAUCAUACUGUCUGUGGAGCUAUUAUCUUAAUAAAGUUGCAACUUGGUGUGACUUUGGGAAACCUUUCGAGCAUUUGUUUGUUAUGCAAGUAUAAUUGUGAAUGAUAAACUUCAUACUUCAAUUGUGACGAUAAAAAGCUUCCAGCUGGGAGCCGUGUUUGUGGAAUGCAUUGUGAGAUGUAAACAAUUACCAAUAAAGCUUCUAGACGAAGAAA